AAGUACUAGAAUGCGGGGCGAAUGUCAGUCGUGUUGAAGAAUUUUGCUUGAAAAAUUUUUCCUGCUGCUUUUUGUUCAAAAUUCUCGGUGAAAAAGGUGUUUUCCCAGGCUAAUCUGUGGCCAAGAUGGAAGCUCUGAUACCAGUGAUCAAUAAGCUGCAGGAUGUGUUCAAUACAGUGGGAUCGGACCUCAUGCAAUUGCCACAAAUUGUGGUGCUUGGGAGCCAGAGUUCCGGGAAGAGUUCGGUGAUUGAGAGUUUGGUAGGGAGAUCUUUUCUGCCACGGGGAACGGGUAUUGUGACCAGAAGACCCCUUGUCCUGCAGCUGGUGUACUGCCCUCUGGAUGAUAGAGAGCACAGAAGUGCAGAGAGUGGCACAGUUAAUGUUGAGGAAUGGGGAAAGUUUUUGCAUGUAAAAAAUAGAAUCUACACGGAUUUCAAUGAGAUCCGGAGAGAAAUUGAAUCAGAUACGGAUAAAUUGGCUGGAGACAACAAAGGUAUCUGCCCAGAACCCAUUAACCUCAAGAUCUACUCCACAAAAGUCGUUAAUUUGACAAUGGUGGAUCUUCCGGGUAUCACAAAAGUUCCCGUUGGCGAUCAACCCGAAGACAUUGAGGCUCAGAUUAGGGAUCUCCUCUGUAAGUACAUUGAGAACCCAAAUUCAAUCAUCCUGGCCGUGACAGCUGCAAACACUGACAUGGCCACCAGCGAGAGCCUUAAAUUGGCCAAGGAAGUUGAUCCGGAUGGUCGGAGGACUCUGGCUGUCCUCACAAAACUCGAUCUCAUGGACGCUGGCACCGAUGCCAUUGACAUCCUCUGCGGACGCGUGAUUCCCGUAAAACUGGGCAUCAUUGGGGUGGUUAAUCGUUCGCAGCAGGACAUCAUCGAUCAGAAAAAUAUUGGGGAUCAACUGAAGGACGAAGCGGCUUUCCUGCAGCGGAAAUAUCCCACACUGGCCACACGCAAUGGAACACCGUAUCUGGCCAAGACCCUCAACAGGCUACUCAUGCAUCAUAUUCGCGACUGUCUGCCCGAUCUCAAGACUCGCGUAAAUGUGAUGAUGUCACAAUUUCAGUCCUUGCUGUCAUCCUACGGGGAUGAUGUUAAGGACAAGAGUCAGACACUCCUGCAGAUCAUAACAAAGUUUGCUAGUGCAUACUGUGCCACAAUUGAUGGUACAGCAAGAAAUAUUGAGACAACUGAACUCUGUGGAGGAGCAAGAAUAUGUUAUAUUUUCCAUGAAACUUUUGGACGGACUCUGGAUUCAAUUCAUCCACUCACGGGAUUGACAAAGAUGGACAUUUUGACGGCCAUCCGGAAUGCCACGGGUCCCCGACCGGCUCUCUUUGUGCCCGAAGUGUCAUUUGAGUUGCUCGUGAAGAGGCAAAUAAGGCGCCUGGAGGAACCAUCAUUGCGCUGUGUUGAGUUGAUCCAUGAGGAGAUGCAGCGAAUUAUUCAGCAUUGUGGAACGGAAGUGCAGCAGGAAAUGUUGCGUUUUCCGAAACUCCAUGAGAAGAUUAUUGAUGUGGUGACACAAUUGCUGAGGCAACGUCUGCCCACGACAAAUUGCAUGGUGGAAAAUCUCGUGGCCAUUGAGUUGGCGUACAUUAAUACAAAGCAUCCGGAUUUCCACAAGGAAGCCGCUCUGGUGCCCAGUCUCAUGAAGAGUGAAAAUGUCGAGCCACUCUUUCCGUCGCAGAAAGUGACAAAUCGUCGGGAUUUGGCUAAGAAUGCCAUGAGGGAGGCUCAACAGCAGAAUCAUGUGGAGAAUGACGAGGCAGCUCAGCAGAAUCAUGUUGGGGAGACACAACAGAAUAAUUGGCUGGCAAAUAUUCUGUCGCAGAAGGAUGGCCAGAAGGUGGAGAGCCCAAUGGCAUCCAGUGGGAAUACUCCAACUCAUACGAGUGUCAUGAGUCCCCUCAAACCUGUCAAUCUCCUUCCGGAUGUCCCCAUUAAUCAUGCAGCCCGCAAACUGACAGACAAGGAACAGAAGGAUUGCGAUAUAAUAGAACGCUUAAUUAAGUCCUACUUCUACAUUGUGCGAAAAUCAAUUCAGGACUCAGUACCAAAGGCAGUGAUGCAUUUCCUCGUUAAUUACGUCAAAGAUAACUUGCAGUCCGAGCUGGUAACUCACCUGUACAAGUCUGACAAUGCCGAGGAGAUGCUCAAUGAGUCAGAUCAUAUAGCUAUACGUCGUCGGGAAGCUGCUGAUAUGCUUAAGGCUCUAACACGAGCAAAUCACAUUAUUAGUGAGAUCCGAGAGACGCACAUGUGGUAAAAAAAUAGGGUUUUUAUCAUUUUCUUUUUCUUUUUGAGGAAUUUUAUAAACUAAAGAAAAAAAACAUUUUACCUUAAAUUAAAUUAAAUAAAGCAUGAAAAAAUCGCGAUAUUUCAAGAUAAAAAGUAAUAGAAAGAAAAAAAAGUAAGAAAUUAAUAAUGAAUAUUUUAUCCCGGAAAAGAAAUGCAUUGAAAGUUUUUUCUAGCUCUUUGCAAAAAAAAGAAAAAAAAAGAAUAUAAUAAAAGUUUUGGUGUAAUGCAUUGGUAACAUGAAUAAUUGUUAGAUGACAAAGGUUUUAAAUGUAAUAAGAGAUAAAAAGAAAAUAUUAAUUUAUUAUUCUCCUUGAGUGAGAAAUCAUUUUGACACUUUGUUAAGGUAGAAAAUCGAAACACAUGGCUGUUUUUUCUCUUUAUUUUUUUUACCUUUUUUCGUGAAUAUCUCUCGAAACAUUUUCCUCAUUUUCCUUUGUUAAAUCAUGCAUUUGUUCACCAAAAAAUCACGAGAUUGUUUUUUUAUUAGGAUUCUUUUUUGAAUAAAAGAAUUGUAGAUUAUGAUUUUUUUUAGUGAGACUUUUCCUAGCAAUUGCUUUAGUUUUUGCAUUUUGGGAAAUGUUUUUUUAGAGGAUAUGCUUAAUAAAUUCGGAAGAAUAAAUUGUAAUUGUAGUUUUCAGGCAUCAUUCCCAAGACAGACAAUUUUAGAUGAAUCCAUUUUUGAACAAAAAAAAGUAUGCAUUUUUGUGAGUAAAUUUUUCUCACAAAAAUUACAUUGUUAGACAAACCUAUUCGCCACCAAUAAAUAUUUGAAAUUGUAAUUAAUCAGAAAA